GUCGUGCACGCCACUUGGUCUUUUGGCUUUUACCUUGCUUCAACUAACUAUACGAACAAGCAAGUUCCAUUUGUUUCAACCUAUAUAAAGGAGAAAAAAAUUCAAAUAAAAACAUAAUUGAAAGCCCAACUAAAAAAGUGUGCUGCAGCUUCUGUCACAAUAUUAGUUUAUUAACAUUUUCUUCAACAAAUUGCGCAAAAAACAAUACUUUUUGUGCACAACUGUUUUUAACUGUCUGUCGUGAAUUACGCGCGCGUGUGUGAAAAGUUAAACAAUCAUUUGCAAAAAAAAAAACCAGCAAUACUACAACAACAGAAAAACUACAUUUAAUUGCAAUUAUUUAAAAGCAAUUGUCAAAGCAAUUUCAUUGUUGUCGCUUAUGCAAGGCCAACUAUAAUAGCAACCACCACAACAACAAUAAUAACAACAACAGCAACCAAAUUUGGAUUAUUAAUAGUGCAUAAUAAAUCAUUUGCGCCGUUAGCAAUCAGAUAUUCUCUGAAUUUACACACUCACCACCAACUACAACAGAUCAGUACCAACAACAGCCACAACUAUGUCGAGUGCCAGCGUUCGUGCUCCCCAAAUUGCCGACAUUUGCAGUCCACUCGCUCAUCACAGCUUGGGUUUGUCUGCCUCGUUGCCCGAUUUGGUCGGCAGCCCGCUGGAGAUUAAUAUGGACAAUGUGCUGACCAUUGAGGAGUUGCGCCAACACAUUGGCUCCUGCUUUACGUGUGGCGUCUCCUGGACCGAUGAUCAUGUCUCCCUCGAUUGCAGCGAAUGCGGUGGCUACAGUCUCGAGCGUCCCUGCCCCCUCUGCGAUGGACAGUGCGGUGUGCAAUGGAAACGCGACUUUGCCAUGUCGCAUGCCUGCAGCAAAGCACGCUGGGUUGGUGUCUGCCUCAGUUUCCCGGAAGCAAUGGCCGCUGCAGUGCAACAACUGCCUGUAACUGGCAAUGGACCGGCGACUUCAUGUGCCGCUGCUGCGGCGCAUCAACUGCGUCUGGCGCAAGAGUUGUGCUCACGCCUGGAGCAGCUGUCGACGACGUCGGCAACGGCGACGAAUAAAAUUACACGCCUUUGAAGCGUCGCCGUGACGACGAAAUGUUUUUACAGUACAGUGUUCCUUUAAUUAUCCUUUUGGCGCCACACUGCGUAACAGCAUAACAUCAUCAGCCAUAAGCCACCAAGCCACCAAGCCACAUGCCACAUGCCACAUGGCGCAAGUCCACAUUAUUAUUUUAUUGCUGCAUUAAAACUGCUCGCUGCCCCGCAACGAGUGGGAAUCUCUCACUUCAUGUUUAAAUUUAGUGCUUAAUUUCUAAGCUCUUUUUAGUUCUUAACUCUUAGUGUGUUUAUUCGCCUUUUUAUUUGUUUUGUACAUUUUUUUUUGUUUGUUUGAUUAUUGUUUGUACCGGCGUUCAAGUUUUUUACGAUAAGUUCUGCAAUGUGUUGAAUUAGCGUUAAGCAGUUAAUUAAUUAUUUGUUUGCACUGUAAUAAUCACACACAACACAACACGAAGCAGUAGACAGAAUACGAGGAAUCAGAGAAGACUACAUUUAGCUUAAACUUAACCAAAAGAAAGUUUAAGCACAGCGCAGUGAUAACGGUGAUAUUAGCCACAAAUGUAAAACAAUACAAGUUUGUAAACAAAUAGUGAAUUUAAUAUUGUAGCUAAAGGAAAAAAGAGACAAGCAAAAAAACAGAGUCCAACGAUCUAACAAUAAUUGUUGUUAACAUUUAGUUAUUGUUGCCAAAAAAAAUGUUGUGCACAAAUCAAAAAACAAAACUUAGAAUUUAUGUAACAAUUGUUGGUGCACAUCCAGUUGGAAAAAAAACAGAAAAACUAUAAAGAAAAUUUGAAUCUUCCAUUAAAAUGCAGAAUGCUCAACACGA